CGCGGCGGCGGCGGAGGAGGCGAUGCCGGCGGAGGGGACGCGGGCGCCUCCCGCCCAGGCGCUUCGCCGCCGCCGUCAUGGCCUCCGAGGAUUUUGUGCAUUCGCUGGGCAUCCAGAGGAGGCUGCGGAAGCACAAGCGUACCGUCCACACCAUAAGCUUCAACAGCAGCGGGAGCUUGCUCCUGUCUGCUUCAAACGACGAGACCGCCGUGCUGUGGAGCACGGAAGAGGCGGCGCCGGCACUAAUGUUCCACACCGGCCACGGUAGUGAUGUGCUGCACGCGCAGUUCAUGCCCUUAUCGCACGACCGGAGCAUCGUCACCUGCGGCGCUGAUGCGGAGGUAAGGCAUUCGCACGUGCAACAAGGGGGGUCGGUGUUGACGGAUAAGCUUGCGAACCUGGGGUGCAUGGUGCACCAGCUUGCUGUUGAACCUGGCAGUCCUCACAAGUUCUUUAGCUGCGUGGUUGAUGGCUCCGUUUGGCAUUUUGACCUCAGGGAGAAACAUCCCAGGAAGCUCUUUAGUUGUGGUGCGGUUAGAAGGUUUGAUUACUUAUCAGGUGAUACCAUGUACCUCUGUGCCAUUGCCGUAGACCCAAGAAACCACUCUUGUUUUGCAGUUGCCGGAGGUGAUGAGUACGUACGGUUGUAUGAUGCCCGUAAGAUUGAAAUGGAAAGGUCUAAAUUUGGCCUCCCGGUUGAGCAAUUCUGCCCUCAACAUUUGGUUUCCGAGAAGGGAGAUGUGAUCACUGGUUUGGCUUACUCACAGACCGGCGAGCUUUUAGCAUCCUAUCGUAACGACAGCAUCUACCUUUUCGAGAGAGAACAUGGGUUGUACUUCAACGAUUUUGACGAAUUUCACAGUGAGAAGUUACCUGUACCUCGGAGCUUCAAGGGACACCUGAACAUGCAAGUUCUUAGAGGUGUUAGCUUCCUUGGUCCCAACUGUGAGUAUGUUGCCUCUGGAUCAGACUGUGGCCAUGUAUUUAUUUGGAGAAAGAAGGAUGGGGAGCUUAUCCGAAUGUUGAAAGGAGAUACACGGAGUGUGAACUGCGUUGAACAACACCCUCAUGAGAUUGUUAUUGCAAGUUGUGGCACCAAUACAGACAUCAAGAUUUGGGCACCUGGUGAUAGUGAGAACCCCUCCACUGCUCCCCUUGAUGAGGACUUUGUUGACGAAGGUGACUAUAUGUUAUCCGCGCGUUAUGAUUCAUCGUCGUCUGAUGAGGAUGAGGAUGAGGAUGAGGAUGAGGAUGAGGAUGAUGAUGAAGAGGAUGACGACUAUGGCGAUGAUGAUGAAGAUGAGGAUGAUGGCGAAAUUUGGACAGAUAUAGAGAUGCAGAUGGGGAGAAACUUACUGAAGCCGAUAGCGGAUAUAUGAAUGGAAGUAUGAUGAGGGUAUCGUUGGCAUUAUAGUGAGGAUGGAGAUCGUGUGAAGCUAUUAUUUCUAUCUAAGAGGUGAUUUUAGGGAAUCUAAGAGUUGUUCUUGGUUUCCUCUUGUGUGAUUAGUUAGGUUGUGUAUUGUUAGGUUACCAUCAAGUGCUUCCUCUUCACUCUCUAGCAGAACCAUUUUUUGUAUAUAUUCUUUUUUUAUGUGACACUGUAUAUAUUCUUUGUUCUAGUUGAUUGUUCUGAUGUUAAAUUAAUGUUCCCAGACCGCAAUUAUCUUGUGAGCGAGUAC